AUGAUGAUGUCAAAUGGUCGUGAGCCGCCGCCACCUGAACCCGAGCACGCGUCUGGUGACCGUGCGGAUGAGGUGGAAUCCACGAAAAAUGACGAAGCACGCAUCUCUCUUGCUACUGUCUUCGCUGAUGAAGCCGCUGGUGUCGAGAAGACUGUCACGACCAAAGCCUUUACCGCCCCUUUUACCGAUGGAUAUGGUGACUUUUACUUUGGUGACAGAAGUGACUAUACCUCCUCAAAGCUUCUAAGAAGGGCACUUUUAGAUCCCACAUCUGAAUCGGACAGCGACGACAGUGACGGAACCACUUCCACGGAGGUUGAUUCAUUCAAACGGUACGUUCCCUGACAUGCUCGACAAGAUGAAAACAUUUCUCAUGUAUGUUUCCAGGAUUGGAAUAUUUGAAUACGAGAAAUUGCCCCUGGAAAUCCGCCGGCAGAUCUUUCGCCUGAUACUCGCUCCAUUUUACAGGCUUGAAGGCGGAAAUGGUAAAAAUACGCAACUCUACACGUUUUCUUCAAUCAAACAUCACCGUGAAUUUGAUGAAGAUUACAAUCUCACCUUUGAUGAGUUUACGGAGAAAAAAAGAAAGGCAAGAGAAGAGAAGAUGUAUCCAAUGUUCAUCAGCACACCACCAGGAUACGUGCCCAAAACAUAUGACGAGGAAAAAGCAGAGUUUGAGGAGACACGGAAGCGGCUCUUGAAGGCGUCAGAGGUAUAUCCCGGUCGAAGCGGAAGCUAUAGGUUCAUCCCAACUUUACAAACAUCACAGAUGUUUGAUCGCAAGAACACCCCUUCUAUGUUUCGUGAGUGGAUCCGACAGCUCUCCUUCGUGGGUAAGAAUUUCAGAAAAGAGCUUGGCGAUGCAUUCUGGGGACGUUCUCAUCUGCAUAUCUUCUUGGGUCGCGAACCUGACAAAACACGCUAUUUCGAUGAGCUCUGCAGCUUUUUGAAGGAUAGGCCCGCCGUAUGUGCUGGUGUCUCAAGUAUUCUAGUCUAUGCAGACAACGACGAAAAGAGUUGGCCAUAUGUCAAGAAGGAGGAAGUCGAAACCAUCACGGGGCGAUUUGAGUUCCUUGCAGAGACUAUAAGAUUGGAGACUUUGCACCUGUGCCUAAGUAUUAAUGAAAUGGACGUCAAAGAUUUGUUGGCUGCAAGAGGCGACUUUGUUGCUGCAGAAGCAACGAGGAAAUUGGUCGUUGCGAAGAAGUUUGAGAUAUCGCUUCAAAUCGAAUUUGAUGUUGAUAAGUUCGAAAAUUGGGACUACGAAGAGUAUAAGAAUGCGCUCGCUUCUGAAGAUGACGAAGAUGACGAGGAUGACGACAAUGCGGAUACCGACGAUGAAGAUUACGAAGUUUCUGAUAUUGGUGACAAAUACAGAGAAUCAAGAUGGUUUGCUUACAACGAUAUGAUCAAAGACAAAUAUUUGCCCCAAAUACAACGACUAAUGAUGCCCAACACUCUUCGGAAAAAAGCUCCACGACAAGAGGUUUCGGAUCAGGAGAAAUAUCUCGACUCACGACCAUCAUAUUAG